GACAAAAACAACUUACAAGAAAGUGAAGAAUUCAUCAAUUUCACAGAAGUAGAUGCUAGGUGUUGAAUUUUAGUACAAAAACUUGCACUAAUUAGUUACUUGUACCAUACUUUACUUGCAAAAAAAGAAGACACUCUGCAGCCAAGACUUCCUUAAAUGAGUUAGCAAAACAGAAACACAAACCAGACAAUCUCAGCCAUGGGAGAAGUAGAUCCUGACUUCAUCCAAUCCCUAGAACACCAGCCUAAGCCAGGGACUCUUGAAGCCGAAGGUAUCCCAUUCAUCGAUCUCUCCACAUUGAACUCCAAAGAACCUGAUGCAUCAUCUACCCUCGAUCAUCUAGUGUCUGAGAUAGGUGAUGCCUGCAAAACAUGGGGCUUCUUUCAGGUCAUCAACCACGGGGUUCCUUCACAAGUCCGACAAAGAAUUGAGACAGCAUCAAAAGAGUUCUUUGCUCUCCCCAAGGAGGAGAAGAAGAAGACCAGCAGAGAUGAGGCCAACAUUUUUGGCUAUUCAGACUUGGAGAUCACCAAGAGCGUCCGGGACUGGAAGGAGAUCUUCGACUGCACAAUAGAGAAUCCUACGGUCAUAUACGCCUCAGACGAGCCGGAUGACAAGGAGCUCAGAGAACUGACCAGUCAAUGGCCUCAGUCUCCUCCAGAUUUAAGGGAGAUAUGCCAAGAAUAUGCUGCAGAAAUGCAGAAGCUAACUCACAAGCUACUAGAGCUAAUAGCACUGAGCUUAGGUUUGGAAAAAGAUCGAUUCCAUGGCUUCUUUAAAGAGCAGACGAGCUUCAUGAGGCUGAACUACUACCCCUCCUGCCCUGCUCCUCAACUAGCACUGGGGCUCGGGAGGCACAAGGAUGCCGGUGCCAUGACAGUUCUGGCUCAAGACGACGUUGGAGGGCUUGAGGUGAAGAGGAAGACAGAUGGAGAGUGGAUCUUCGUCAAACCUAUCCCCGAUGCUUAUAUUGUAAACGUGGGAGACCUAAUCCAGGUUUGGAGCAAUGAUAAGUAUGAGAGUGUGGAGCACAGAGUGACUGUGAACUCUGAGAAGGAGAGGUUUUCAGUUCCAUUCUUCUUGAAUCCUUCACAUUAUGUAUGGGUGGAGCCACUGCAUGAGUUGGUAGACGAGGAAAAUCCUUCCAAGUACAAGGGCUACAGCUGGGGGAAGUUUUACGCGACGCGGAAGCUUAGCAACUUCAAGAAGCUUACCUCUGAGAACAUUCAAGUGCACCAUUUCAAGGUUUAGGAGAGGCAUAUCUCAACCUUAUCAGUUUGUGUGUUUUUCUCAUUGAAGAAGUUGUGCUUUGAGUAGAAUCUUUCAGAGUGAAUUUUCAUAUCUAUGUAUGUAUGUAUGCUUAGCAAGAAUUUAAAUACUCUUUGUUGCACUUCCUCCUAUCAGAAAAUGGAUUGAUAUUCACCAUCAAGAUCAAUGAAUCACUUUUUAACUA